AUGGUAACUGUGAUAGCAGAUAAAGAAGAUUUAUCAACACCUGUUAAUAAUGGUGUUUCUGCCGGUUCACAUGAUAAUGAACGAACAUUUCAAUAUAUUAAAGAUUAUCAAGAAGUUGAUUUUCAUCGAUCACCAUCUUGUAAACCUUUCCCUGAUGAUUUAGUUGGAUUAGCCGAUGGUCAAAUAACAAAAUCUUCAAUCAAAGGCAUAUUUUUCGUGCAAAUCGAUUCUAUUGAAUCGAUAGCAAAAUUCAAUAAUAAUAAUCAAUUAGAACAAACAAAUAAUAAUUAUUCUUUACUCUUAACUAUUACCGAUGGAAUUACAACUGUAAAAGGUAUUACAAAUGAUUAUAUUCCUAACUUAAGUUUAAAUACAAGACCCGGUUGUAAAUUAUUAUUAACCGAUUUAAUUUCAAUCAAAGAUGGUUUAUUACAAUUGACACAUGACAAUACACGUUUUCAAUAUGGAAGUAAUACAUAUCCUCGACCACGAUCUGCUUAUCGAGGACGUGGAGGUGGAUCCUAUCGACCUUCAUAUGAAGGGCGACGUGGUGGCGCUGGUAAUAGUAAUAAUCGAUAUGAUAACGAUGAUAAUCCAUCGAAUUUUCUUAAAGGACCACCACCAAAAAAUACUUUAAUGGAUUUUAUGACUUCAAUUAAAAUCUCAAAUGAUAUUAAACAAACAAUAGAUAAUGAUAAUCAAAAAUUAAAAGAUCGACAUGAAACUAAACGUCGAAAUACUGAACAAUAUUAUCAAACAAAUAAACCUACAAAUAGUAUUAAUACAACGAAUUCACUAACAACGAGUAAUUCAAAUCAACAUUAUCAAUCGAAUAAUAAUCAUACAGAUCAAAUAACAUUGCAACAAGAUGAAAUUCACGAUCAAUUAGAUACAGAAGAUGAUUCAUCUCAUUCAAAUUAUCGUGAAAGAAGAAAUCCUUUACCCCCUAGACUUCAACGUGCUCAAGAAGAACGUACUCGUCGGAAUACAAAUCGUUAUUAUGAUGAAUCAACAUCAUUAAAUGGAAGUGAAAUAAAUGGUAAUUAUCGUAAUAGCACAAUAAAUAAUAAUUCAUUGUCUUCCUCAUCAUCAUAUUCACGACGUGGAGAUCCGAUGUCCUAUAUUCCUCAUAAUUCAUCUACUGGUCAACCACAUACAACUACGCUCAAUUCCUAUGCACCACAUGGGAAUAUACUUGCACCUGCAAUUGGCUCAACUCCAGCUCAUCUUGCUUAUUUUCCAGCUAAUCCGGGUCAUUUAACAUAUAGUCUUGCUGGUAUUUCAAGUCCUCCAUUUCAUAGUCAACAAUCAUCAAUGGGUCCUGGAUAUACAAAUGAUCAUUUAACAUUUUGUUAUAGAACUUCGUAUGUAACUCCAACUUAUCUUCCAUCAACAGUCACUACGAAUGGUUUAAAUGAUGAUUCAAAAACUUCUAAUAAUAGUUCAUCUGUUUUACAAACAAACUCAUUCGUUGAUGAAAAUGAAAUAAAACCAACAAAUGAAUCUCAACAAGAUGAAAAUAAUAAUAAUAAUGAAAAUAAAUCUCAAUCUUCGUCAAUCGAACAAAAAGCAAUUUCAUCAUCAUCAUCAUCAUCAUCGUCAUCGUCAUCAUCAUCAAAUGAUGAAAAUAAUAAUUCUCAACAAGUUAUUGCUGAACAACAUGAAGAUAAACGUCGAGUUGUAAAUCCAAAUUUACGAAUACGUUGGAGAAUAGGUGAUAUUUGUUUAGCUCGAUGGAGUGAAGAUCAAGAAUAUUAUGUCGCUACUAUUGUUCAUAUUCAACCUCCUUAUUGUGUUGUUUUAUUUCGUGAUUAUAAUAAUUACGAUAAAUUACACUUUAGUGAAUUGAAAAUAAUACCACGUGAUCAACAAUAUUAUCAAUAUGCUCCACCAAUAACUGCAUCACCACAUGAUUUAAAUAUUCUUGCGACUAAUGUUUGUUUUCCUUCACGUACGCAUUACUAUUCUCCAACAAUGGAUGAAUGUAUAAUGAUGCCAGAAGCUCCACCAUUUCCAUUUAAUUCUGCCGGUACAUUAUAUAUGUGUCCACCAACAUUAACAUCUAUUUCACGUUCAAAUAAUCAUUAUCAUACAAAUGGUUUAUCAUCUUUUCAACAGACAAGUAGACGUAUCGAAAAUGGAAAUAUUAAUAAUACUAAUCAUACAAAUAUUGAUACAACAAUAAAUUCUUCAUCAACACCAAGUAAAGAUUCAAAUGAUACAAGUAUUAUUGAUUCAACAACAACAUCAAUGGAUGAUAAUCAACAACAACAACAACAACAACAACAUCAAGAUAUAUCAUUAUCAACACAAGAAAUUCGACGAUGUUGUAUUGCUGAUGCACCUAUAAUGCUAGUUACAAAAGAUGAUGAACGUGAACGUAGUACAAGUACAGAAAGUUUAAUAAGUAGUAAAUAUGAUGAACAACAAUUGACAAGUGAAGAAGAAAAACAAGAAAAUAAUUCUAUGCAUUCACAGACAAUGACAGAUGAAAAUACAAUUGAAUUUCAGUCAGCAUCAUUAGAUGUUCAUGAUGAAAAUAAUAGUUCAUUUAUAUUGAAUCAAAAUAAUAUUCCAAUGGACAUUGAUGUUGAUGAUGAAAUUCUAAAAUCAGCUUCAACAAAAAUCAAUGGAGAUAUAUCACCAACGUUACAUACAAUUGAGAAUGAAAAUCAUAAUGAACAAGAUAAUGAGGAUGUUUUACGUCCAGGAAAUCCCGAAUUAAAUAAAUCAUUUGAUAUUUUACCACAAACUAAAGAUGAUGAUAUUUCUGCAGCCGAUUCAAUAUCAGAUAAUAGUGCUCUAAAUACCAAUAUACUUGAUACAACAGUCGAAUUACCAAUUUAUAAUGAUGAAUUUAGUGAAAAACCUCCCGAAGAUUUGAAUUUGAUUACAAUAGUUAGUGAUAUCGAUACACCUACAAGUGCCAAAUCACCUUUAUCGAAUCAAUUCUCUCUUGAAUAUCCAUAUGAAAUACCACAACCACAAGAAAAUGUUCAACCUUCACCAUCAAAUUCUAUUGAAACGGUAACGGCAUUGACAAAAAAUAUGAAAUUGAAUGUUAAUAAGACAUUAGAAGAACAAGAACCUUCAAUACAAACAUCUUCUACCGAUAAAACAUUCGAUACAAACACAUAUGUUUUAAAGAAGAAAGAAAGACGAAAAAUAUCAACAAUGACCACCGAUAAUAGUUUCAAUGCUGUCGAAGAUGUCCCACCAGAUUUAUCUAAUAAAAAAUCUCCACCCAACUUUUCGUCCAUAUCACAUGGUGCUACUGUAACUUCUCGACCAACUACAGCAACUUCAUCUUCACAACAACCACUUAUGGAUCCCACACGAAUCAUGUAA